CCUGUGCACCCACCAAGCUGCGAACACCAAGUCGCUACGCACUCAACUUCAAUAACGAGAAGACAAACAUCUCGGAAAACGUCAGCGCAAUCUGCAGCACUGGCGAGAAUGAACGGAAACAGAAAAUCGCUGCCGUGCCAUCGAAGACAAAGUGGCCCGCAUGACAUUCACCUUCUCCGAAAGGCAGCCAUCCUCUCGGGGACGCAGAAGAUGAAGAAGGCGUCACUCAAGCAGUCACUCCAGGUCCUGCAGCUCCCGCGGUCCCGGUCGACUUACAGGCCAUGAGAUGCGAUGACCCAGGUACUGGGUCUCUGACAAAAGGGUACCCUUUGCGGAUGCGGAUGAACAUUCCGGCCUUUGCUGCAGAAAUUCUAAUAUGCAAGUCGACACCUGUCAGCCACGAGUGCACAGACAUGCACUCGCACAGACACACGCACUCACUCACCGUCAGUUGAUCUAGCCAAAAGCUCAGUUAUGAGCUCCGGCUUGAGAAUACUGUACCGUAUGAGGUGAGCGGCUGCGGGUGGAGAAGACUGUAUUGAUCUAAGAGAGUUUCUGUGGGACGGCUGAGCGAAAAGCAGAUGUGAGGUUCGGGUAACAACACGUGACUGGAGCUCGUUUCGAGAGAGCUUGUUGGUUGGGAGUACUGUGGCAUUGAGGAGCAGAGAAUGACGCAAGGCAGUUGCGAAGGCACGGGACUGUGCGACGGCCAUCAUCGACUCCACGGAUCCUAAGUAACGCAAAAUUGACUUGACACACAUGUGUGCAAGUUUCUGGCAACGGCACUCCUCGACGCGAAAUUCAUUUGGGUGUCGAUGAAGGGAGGACAAGGUCAGUGGGGCGGGGCUUAAAGAGCUUGUACAAAUGAAUUGGUAAUUAUAUACUCGGACUGAAGGGAAUUGAGGUCGAGUUGAGCCACGGUGUUUCAAAAGCCUUGGGGCCCGAAAGGUCACGGGCUCCGGGAGGAGUAGUGCACGGACACGGGGGUUUAUGGCAGCAAAGUAACAUGCCUCUAGUGUUCGAGGGUCAGGACUAACGACACACACGGUUGAGAUGGUGGAGAGAUCGGAAGGAGAGCAAUUAUUUCGGGAUAACAGAGAUCAUGCGCUGCGCUCUGAUUGUUCUCUUUGAAUCGAUUCCUGCAAAUCGUGACUGUCUUUCUUUACGAGGAUGACGAGAAGAACGUCACUCCAUCCGCGGGAAAGGCGUGGGUGGCUCGUGCCGGUCACGCUGUGCCCUUCAGCUCGCUCACUCGCACUUACGCAGCGAUCUUCAAAAAAACGAUUCAGCUCGAAAAUGUCGUACCACUCGAUGCUGCACAAAGUCAAAAUCUCGGGAGCCUCACAGGGGCAAAGAUUGGUCUCCGGGCGUGCACUGAAGACAAAGAGUAGCGCUGGAAUGGUGAGGUGGGUUCACAUCAAGCAAACCGUCCGUGAGGGAUAUAUUAUUCUCGUAAACGUAAGCACUUUCGUCGGUGACUGUUUUUCUGCUGUAGGUCCUCGACCUACAGCAGAGGAUCCCUCCUCAGCCCGUUCUGUGGGUGGACAAUAACGAGUGCCAAGACUUGUUACCAGCGAUCAAUGACGAGCCUCGUCAAGAGCAUCGACUCCACAGGUGCUCCAUCUAAAGCAUGGAAAAUUCGAGCACCUCUUUGCACUUAUCGAGGCUACCCGGUGAAGAUAUGAACUGAGGAUUGGGUGUUCUCUUUCGACUGGACGGCCCAAUUUCUGCCGACACGAAAGAUUCCGGUGCCUGUGUUGCACUCUGUUCCUAAUGUGAUGAGAAAGCGCUCUACUUGUUGGGGAUCUACUUACGUAAGCUUUAGAGAUCGCCAUCGUACUAUAUGGCGAUAGGGCAAGGAGAGACAACAUUCGUGCCUUUCGGGGUGUUGGUGUGCUUUGUAGCAGCUACGUCUCCACGACAAACUACCAGAUCCUUUCCAAAGUGCGGAGUGGUUUUAGCUUUUGCACCAAAAGCUCGAGUAGGUCUAGGGUCAGCUACGAGGAUUGGCUUAAAAUGGAGGAAACGAACCUACGCCAUAGAAGCUACUCAAUAAAUCGCUGCUCUCAAAGGCUGCCAUUCCUCCAUUAUGCCAUGAUAUCCCUACAGAUUCUGCAAGAAGCUCGCCCAGACAUCAGAUGAUCAGACAUGUGGGAAAAGUCGGUCCGCCCUAUCGGUAGCCCCAGACUAGGACGAAGACCUCAGGCAUCGAGGGCGUCUCAUGUGCAAUAGACCAUAAAGUCCCGGCAUCCGAACAGAGUGCUUGCAACGAAGCCAGGAUGAUCGAAGCACGGUUGCAUUGGAGAAACGUGCAUGCCUUGGACUAGUCAGUCCCUAGCCGGGCUCGGAGUCCACUCUGACUCUCCAAGAGGCGAAGUGAGAUCGUAACUAAUCCACUGGAUAGCUUCAAUUUGGAAUAAACAAAUCGGGCCAAACACGUGUGACUUGGAGGAAGAAAGUCCCAUGCACUUUAGUACGCACCGUGACCUGUCGAGGAGGGAGCAUUCAUUAGUCAGGUUUUACACUCAGGAACGAGGAACACAUCAUCGAUCGAGAACGGGAGUUCUUAAUCUGGAGUCUAUGUUCAUUGUACACAAAACACAACCAAUUGAAUGUACUUUACCAGAACUGUGAGUUGACACCCUGAGUUGACAACAUCGCUGGAGAGUGAGGACUCUACUCAUUGGAAUUGAGUGAUUCCGAGAAUUACAUUUAGAUCCACAUUCGACACGAGAUAUAUAAUAAUUUGUUCAAGUAUGUGUUUUUGUUCUUGGCAUAAA